UUAACUUCCGGUUUAAGUGUCAAGUGGUAGCUAGCUAGUUUAGCGUUGUUGCGAAAGUCUUAGCUAGCUACAUGUGUGGUUAUUUGUUGAAAUAAACGAAUAACGACCACAAUUGAAAAUGGAUACACUGAAAGCUGAGAUCUUAAGGAAAAGAAAACUCAUCGAAGACAAACAGCUUGUUGAUGGCUCCAAAAAAUUCUUCAAAAGGUCUGAUCUUGCACGCAUGGAACAAGAAGACUACUUCAUAAGAUGUGGAUACAAGGUACAGAGAGAGACUCCUGAGAGCCAGAUUGAUAAGAAAGAAGAUGAUGAGCCAUCCACCUCAGCUAAUCCAGUGUUAGAACUGGAACUAACAGAAGAGAAGCUGCCAAUGACACUGUCGCGACAGGAAGUAAUUCGCCGGCUUAGGGAACGAGGGGAACCAAUCCGACUGUUUGGAGAGUCCGAUUAUGAUGCCUUCCAGAGACUCAGGAAGAUUGAGAUUCUGACCCCGGAAGUAAACAAGGGCUUGAGGAAUGACCUAAAAGCAGCCAUGGACAAGAUUGAUCAGCAGUACCUAAAUGAGAUUGUUGGAGGAACAGAGCCAGGAGAAGUGGACACACAGCACGACCUGAAAGUCCAUGAAGAAAACACCACUAUAGAAGAGUUGGAGGUUCUUGGUAAAACCCUAGGCACAGGAGAUGAUGAUGGAGACCAGGAGCUUAUCGACAAAUUUUUGAGGUUUCUUCUUGGUGUUUGGGCCAAAGAUCUGAACAGCCGAGAGGACCACGUGAAGCGAAGUGUUCAGGGCAAGCUGGCCAGCGCAACUCACUCACAGACUGAGUCUUACCUCAAACCUCUCUUCAGGAAGCUCAGGAAGAAGAGUUUACCAGCUGACAUCAAAGAGUCAAUCACGGACAUAAUUAAGUUCAUGUUGGAGAGAGAGUAUGUCAAGGCAAAUGAUGCCUACCUGCAGAUGGCCAUUGGUAAUGCUCCGUGGCCUAUCGGUGUGACCAUGGUGGGUAUCCACGCCCGUACUGGGCGAGAAAAGAUCUUCUCCAAGCAUGUGGCCCAUGUGCUCAACGAUGAGACACAGAGAAAAUACAUCCAGGGACUGAAGAGGCUAAUGACUAUCUGCCAGAAACACUUCACGACUGUGCCAUCAAAGUGUGUGGAGUACAACGCUCUUUAACUUGUGACUUCAGCUUAAUUUAGGCUAAAGCUGUCAGGUCAGUUGUAUCACAAUCCGAAAUGGGAUUUUUUUCACAGCAGCUCAGUUAUAGGUUCUGGCAUGACUGGUUGUCAAAGUCAUGUAUAUCAAGGGCCUUCAAGUACAUCUGCAUUUUGUCGGGGAUAACAGUUUGAGAAAAAUCAUUAUUUAAACGGAAUUUGGGUGAGUCAGACCUUUUUGUAUACAGUCAGAAUUUUGCUCACUUAUAAGUGAAAAUUUAAAGAGUAGACUUGUCUUUGUGAACUACUGGGAAAAAUGAUGCACUUGUUAUGCCAAUAAUAGUCACAUGACUUCAGUCCUACUUAAGAACAUGUUCAUGGAUGCUCUGAGGAGUUCCAUCCCAUUCUUGCAGAAAAAAAGCCUUCACUUUUCUUUUCUUUUUUUACUACUCUUGUUCUGUUAAUAUUGGCUUUCACAAGUUUUUCAAAGAUUUAUUGUCAUGAUGUGGGAAACAAAGUGUCAUUUACCUAGGAAGAUCCAGUAAUGUAAGUUUUAUUACACCUGAGACAUGACAGUUAUUAACUCCUUAUUGACGUGCUAAAAUCAAAGACGAUUCUGUUCUAUGUGCAUGUUUGAGUUUUAGCAGAUUAUUAAACUAAUAAAUGUGUCCCUGUACUAUCUUAGUAAGAAAAUAAAGUGUUGCCUUGUUACAACA